AUGACUCCAGUCGCAUUGUCCGAGGACAAUCCUUUGCAGCCGUUAAUCGCGGAAGUAAAUGGCGAUCCGGCACAACUGCAAUUGCGUUACGAAAACCACCGAGUGGCCCGUAACAACCAGCAAAGAGAAAAGAUUUUAGCGGACAGCUUUUCUGGUUGGUCUAUCGAUGAGAUUUUGAAGCGAUUGGACGGUCCGGCAAAAGAGGAUGGGUUUGUUGAUCCUCGAAACUGUCUUGUGAUAUGGGCUAGACCCUCACCUCAAGUUCGCGACUUGAUAGGUUUUGUUCAAAAUGAACUGAAGAGUGUCGCCCCUUCUCUUUGGUUGAUGCCUCUCGAAAACCUUCAUAUAACUGUCUUGGAAGCAGCACACUCCUUGACAGAAGGGGAAAUCGAGGAGCUUGUUCAAACUCUUCGGUCGUCUGAGGAUAUCACUGCUUCCCAGAUUGCAACAUACCCACUGAACCACCCUACGCGCCUUAUCAAGCCCAUGGUGAGCUUUGAUUCCGCCGCACUAGCACUCAGCUUUGUUCCCGCUGCUGCUGAGUGUUCAAAGACGGAAGCUAGCACGGACAGUGAUUAUUACACAUACCAUCAUCUUCGUCGGGACAUCUUCGACAUGGUACGACAAACUAAGGUCCCUGUGGCUUCGCGGUAUAGUGUUCCCUCGGCACAUCUUACCAUCGCACGGUUCAUCAACCAGAAUGGGUUUACCGUGGAUGGAGAAGAUGGUGUAGAGAAAGUGGAUGCUUCGAGCGUCAAGUUGUUUAUUGAUAAAAUUGGGGAGAUCAAUCAAAAACUGCAGACUGAGUACUGGCCUCGGGAGGGUGCCAUUAAGGAAGGUGGUGAAUGGAUUGUUGGGCAAGAGUGCCUAACUAUUCGCAGGGGUCGGGUCUGGUAUGGUGGUGGUGAAACUGUGACACUUGACUAG